UGUGAAGGAUCAGGAGGAUUCCGAUGCAAUAACGGCAGAUGCAUACGUGCUAGAUACCGAUGUGAUUUAACUGAUAAUUGUGGUGAUAAUAGUGAUGAAGAGAACUGCAGUAAGAUUGUUUUAUUAUUUCGUAAUUUCGAUUUUUAUUCAUACUAA